AUGAGUAAUAAUUUAUUUUCUAGUGUAUCAAAACAAUCAACAAACAUUAAUAAUAAUAAUAACAGUAAUAAUAAAAAUGAUAAUAAUAAAAUACCUUUUAAUCAACAAAGGUAUUCCAUUGCAGCCACAUCAUUAAGAAAUAAAAAUUAUAACCAAACCGAAAAUUUAGAUUAUAUAUCAAAAGUAAUGAAAGAUAAUAAUAAUAAUAUAAAUGAAAAUAGUGAUAAUGUAAAUACAAACAAUACAAUUAAUAUAGAUUCAAUAAUGGAACCUAGUACUGAAAGAAAAAGAAAAAAUGUUAGAAUGUCAAUGGGCAGAGUUAGUUUUGCAAGUACAGUCGAAGUUAGAUUAUUCGAAAAAACAAAUCCAAAACCAAGUAGAAGAUUAAGUGUCAAACCACCAUUACAGCUCCCACAACAAGAAGAAAUAGAUAAUAGUAACGAUAAUAAUAAUAAUAAUAAUAAUAAUAAUAAUAAUAAUAAUAAUAAUAAUAAUAAUAAUAAUAAUAAUAACAAUAAUAUAAAUAAUAGUAAAAUUGAUGAAAAUAAUAGCGAAAAUAAACAACAAAAAAAACAACAAAAGAAACAACAAAAGCAAGAGCAAAAAGAAAAAGAAAAACAAAAUAAUAGUAAUGUAAAUAAUUUUGAUAAAGAUAAAACAAAUGAAAGUAUUGGUGGUCUAAGUAACUUAAGUAGUCUUAGUAGUUUAAGCAAUGUUAAUGUCAGUACAAGUAGUGGUAGUGAUGAAAGAUUCUUUUUUGACAGAGAUGAUGAAGAAGAUAGAGAACAAAAGCAAAAUUUCGAUCAACAAACAAUGGAUUUUACACAGACCUACGGCAAAAUUUUUGUUCCAUAUCUCAAAGAUGAAAUUCAGCCACUUCGGGGUGGAAGCCAUGAUUCAUCAGGUGAAUAUAUCGAAGACGAUAGUAAUAUUAAUCAAAGUGGUCAGGAAGAAGACGAUGAUGGCCAAAUGGACUCAUUAGAAUUAACAGAAAAUGAUAUCGAAAUGGCUAAACACUAUCGAGAAAGUUUGAUGAACCAAUCACAAAUCCUUUUAACACCAUCACUAAAGUCGAUUUUGGAAGAGGCUGAUAUAUUGUUUUCAACCUCAACACAACAACCAAUUGUGACCAAUCAAACAUCCCCAGAACAACAACCAAUAAUAAAUAGAAAUAAAAAUAUCAGUGACAAUGAAGAAAGCAGUGAUGAUGGCCAAGAUAAUAAAUCAAUUAAUGAUAUGGAUAUUUCGAGAUAUUCAAAUGUUUACUCAAGCGAUAUUAGAUCACCUACUCAUAAAAAAACACGUUUUUCAAUUGGAGCAGCACUAGGUAUUGUCAAACCAACUCUAGGGGAUCUUUUAGACGAAUCUUGUGACUAUGACCAAGAGGCCGACUAUAACUUUAAGUCAUCAGGAUAUAAAAGCAGAAUUUCAAUAAUACCAGAGUCCAACAAAGAUCUCAAUGAUAGUACUCUUAGUAAUUCCAGGAAAAGAACUCCAACUAAACCAAGAAUAUCUGAUAUUUUUCCAAACUCUCCGCUUCCAUCAUUACACGAUUUAAGAAAGAAAACUGAUGAAGAUGAAGAUCUCACAAAUGGUAAUCUUAAUGAAAUUAUUAAAGGCUUUUCAACACCGAAAUUAAAUAGUUUGUUAAAAGAUGAUGAGGAUUAUGACAUUCAACAAGAAGAAAAAGAGCAAAAAGAAGAGGAAGAAGAAGAACAUCUUGUAAAUAAUAACACAAUGGGCGAAGAUGAUAGUAGUAGUGAAAGUGGAAGUGAAAGUGAAGAAGAUAGUGAAGAAGAGCAAACUAAUCAAUUUAGUAAUACAAUGGAUAAAUCACAUAUAUUUCAUAUUAAUAACUUUACAGAGGGUAUGGGUGGUAGAUUAAAGAAACUAAUCGAUAUAGAUGAAAAUGACUCCUAUAGUGUCGAACAAAGGGAUAUGACACUGACAUUGGCAUUGGACAGAAUUAUAGCAAUGGGUAAUGAACAAGAACAACAACUACAAUCACAACAACAACUUUUAUCCCAAACUUCAGCAACACCACCAAACUUAAAUAUGGGUAGCAUUAAUAUCUAUCAACAAGAAGAUGACCAAAAAGAUAUGUCUAUUACUCGUUCAUUUGGUAAAAUUUUAGAAAUGUACAAUCACACUUUAAAUGAUAUGAAAGAUAUGACAAUUACUCAAAACAUUGGGAAAAUUAUAUUAAAUAACGAUCCAAAUAGCCAACAGCAUUCAAAUACUACCGGUAAAGGUAUUUGGAAUAAUUUUGCCGAUCCAAAUGUAACCAAUAAUCUUAGAGAUCUUUAUGAAAAUACAACUGCCACUCGUAAUCUUAAAUUUUUAUCAAGAAAAUCAAUGGUUCCAAUGUCAUCAUUCUCAAGAGAUCAACAGAAUAAUACUGGUACAUUUAGAUUUGAUAAUAGAUCCACCAUGACACCAGGUGGCGGUAAUCAUACAAGUACUAUGAAUUUUACAAAAAGAAUUUGGAAUGCUCAAGCCGAUGUUACUCAUAAUUUAAAAAGUCUCUAUAAUAACAAUACGACAAUGAAUCUUGGUAGAUUUUCGAUUGCAGCUGGCCAAAGUAGACCCUAUUCAAACACACCAGCUCCACCAACAAUAAAUAAAAAUCAACAUCAACAACAACAAGAUGUAGCAGACAUGUCUUUAACACAUUCAUUUGGUGGAGCAAUUCUCUCAUCUAAAUUUUCACAAUCUAGUAAAUCACCAUUUAUUUCUCAACAACAACAACAACAACUUAAUCAAUCCACCUACGAUAUGAGUAUUGUAAAUAGUGCUAAAUCAAGUGAAUCCCAUUAUCCAAGCUCAAAUGAAAGUCAAGACAACUCACUAUUAGAAUCAACUGCCUCCAAUAUUACACUUGAGCAAAAAAAUUUAUUAUCAAAUUUUAUUCAGCAAGAACAACAAAAUUUACAAAACUCACAAUUGCAACAAUCUCAUCCACAACCAAUUAUACUUCAUGGUAACAAUAAUAACCAAAUUCAAACAGAUAUUUAUCAACAAAAAACUGAGGAAAUUAAUAUUACAUCAAAAUAUAACCAAUCCCAAACCACUCAACAAUUAACAAAACAACUUAACCAAUCACAAGUUACCAAUAAUUUUGGUGUCUCAAUGAUCACUAAAAUCCAAGAACCAUCAACAACUAUAAAGAAACAAUAUACACACUCACCAUCUUUAAUUGAAAGUGAUAUUGGUUAUGACUAUGGUAAAAUUAAUUUUGAACAAAGACAAAAAUCAAUCAUGACAAAUGAUAGUUUAUUACAAUUUAGUCAAAAAGAUAAUGAAAACAAUAAAACCAACCAACAACAAAAGAGUCAACAACAACAGCAUCAAAACAAUAAUACAACAAAUAAUUUAAAUAUAAAUAAUACAACUGUAAACCAAAAUAAUACAACAAACAAUUUUAAUAAUCAUAAUAAUAUAACCAAUAAUUUUAAUAACAACAAUACAAAUAAUAUUCAGUAUUAUGUCAAUCAUCAAACAAGUGAAAUUUCAGAAGAUAUUUAUAAUAGAGUUGGUACAGACUAUAACUCAUCAUUUAAAGAAAGCCAAUUUAAUAACCACCAACCAAUUUCAUCUUUAGAAUUGGGUGAUCUUGAAAAAUCAAGGGCAAUAGGGGCCCAUAACAAUGCCAAUCAACUAAUGUAUCAAAUGGCAUCCUCUAGCAAUCCAAUUAAAAAGAUUACACUUCACGAGUUUCUUUCUUUGGCACAUUGUCAAUUUUUAGAUGAUAAAGCAUCAAGACGUGACUCAAUGAUAGGUAUGCAAUUCGUAUCUGUCGAAGAAGAUAAUGAUUCAAACAAAGAAAAAUCAAGUGAAUUAAAAAAGAGAAUAAGCGCAGUCUACAAUUACCAACGUCAUUUAAUCGUUUUGAAGCGUGGCUAUGAAGAUUUAAAACGUAUGAUUGCUGAAAUUAAAGAGAGUAACCAAAUUGAAGAAGAGAAAAUCAAUAAUAAAAAUCCACCAAUCUUUCAAAACAUACAACUAAAUAGCGAAGAACUUUAUGUUAAACAAAAACUUUUAAAGAAUAUUAAAUCAUUUUCGAAACAAAAGGCACAGCUGGAAUACAAUCAAUGGAGAAACCAAUUAGAGAUCAAAACUCAUCAAGAAAUCAAAUCCUCAAUUGACGAACUAUUAAGAAGCGAAACCAUUCUAAAUGAAAGCAAAAAGUGGAUGGAAAGAAGUAUAAAAACAAUUUAUGAAAAUGUGGAAUAUUUAAAUGAAGUUGAAAAGAGACUAAUAGAAAAUAAACAGGAACAAUACCAACAACAGCUUAAUAACAAUGUAAAUAACAACACCUCACUAAACAGUAAACAACUAUCUCUAUUAAACCCAUUGCAAAAAGAAAACUAUUUAAAUGAACAGAAAAACCAAUUAGAAGCAAUUAAAGACUAUACAAACCAAUUAUCUUUAUUUUUUAACUGGAUACCCAUCCAAAUGACCAAUAACCUAAUACUUUUAGAAUUUAAUAAAAAAUUCUCAAUUCAUUUUAAUUUAUCAAAUAACGAAAUUCAAUCCUCAAACUUGGUUUUAUUCUCAAAUCUUUCAAAAUUUGAAGUUAAUUUAUUAAAUAAUAAAAUAAAUUUAAACAAAUUAAUUAAAAAUUUAAAAACAAUUAAAGAUAUAAAUGAAUUUACACAAGAAAUUUCAAUCAGAUCAUCAAGAUUAAAUACUUUAAUAAAAGAAAUUGAACAAUUGGAAAGUCUUUACAACAUUAAUAAAAGCCCACAACCAUUUAGCUCAAAAACCAAAUACUCCUUUAAAUCAAAUAACUUUGUUGUAGACUAUAGUAGUGAUUCAAUUCAACAAACUCAAUUUUUAGAAUUAAGAGUACAAAUUUCAAAUGCCCAAACAAUGAAAAAAUUAAUUUUAGAUCUUCAAAUACCCUUACUUUACCCAAAAGGAAAAAUUGAAUAUGCCUUUAUAAAUCUAAUUGGUUUAAAUAAUAAUAGUGGAAAUAUAAACAAUCAAAUAACUCAAAUAAUAACCACUGAAUUUAAAAAUAAUUAUAGAAAAUUAAAAUUAUCUAAAGUUUUAGAAUCUUUGGAAAUUUUGAUUUCAUAUUAA